AUGUUAAAUAGAAGUCUUCUCAGCACUGCCUUACUGGCCUUUCUGGUCAACCAUGGCUCAGGGGCAGCAUGCCCGGCCUGUGACUCGCUCGAUGUCGAUGUUGUUGUGCUCGGUGGCGGCGCUGCAGGGAGCUAUGUUGCAGCCCAGCUCACUGAUGUUUAUGGCAAAGAUGUCUUGGUGGUUGAUGCUGCGUCACGCUUAGGCGGUCAUGUUGACACCAUAGUGGUCCCUGGCGUCGAUCAUCCCAUUGAGUUUGGACUGCUCUCAUACCAUAAUCUAAGCCUUGUCGAGCCGUUCUUUAAUCGGUAUAACAUUAAUGUGGUUCCUGCUCCUAAUCUUGCGUUUACAUCAGUUCCGCUGGAUCAAAAGACAGCCGAACCCGUCAAUCUUACGGUUUAUUCUCCCGAGGAGCAAGAGGCUGCUGUUGGACGCUGGCUUGAAUUUGGUCUCAAAUACAAGGACUACAUUUACCCUAGCUACAAUCUCCCAACGCCCCUCGGCGAUGCCGCCCCACUCGCACGCCCAUUUAUCGAAACUGUUAAGGAGCUUGAGCUCGAGUCCAUUGUUCUCAUGCUUGGUGACGCACAUUGGGCAAAUGACUUGCUUGCUCUGCCUACGCUGCAAGCUAUUUCGACGUUUGGCUUCCCUUGGUUCGAUGGCACACCCAUGGUUGUUCCCGAGUCCGGGAACAAUACACAGCUCUACGCCACCAUCCAAACCCGCCUCGGUGACAAAGUGCUGCUCAAUUCUCGCAUCAAGAGCGUCAUUCGUGACCAAGCUGGUGCGGUCAAACUCGCCGUGACCGGUCCCCAAGGCUGCACGAAAAUUUCCGCCAAACAGAUUGUUAUUGGCUUUCCACCCACGGAGGAUAACAUGAAGCCAUUUGACACCAGCAAGGAAGAGGACCAUCUCUUCUCAAAGUGGGACUGCGUCAAAUUGUACAAUGGAUUGCUUACAGUUGAUGGAAUGCCCAAUGCCACCGAUUUUGAUCCCGUCUCCUCUGACCCGAAUCGGUACUUUGUCCCUAAGCGUCCCACCGCUCGAUUCAUCAACUUUGCAUCCACUCCUUACACAGCGACCUGGGUUGUUGGCAAUCCCGACUUUGAGGUGAAGGAUGCCAAGGAAUUUCUUGAAGACCACCUUGAGACCAUCAGAAAUACCGGACUUUACGACGUCAGCCCCAAUCCCACGUAUUUCGGCUUCUCGGAUCACAGUCCUCUGGUAUGCUCCGUGUCUGAACAUGCCGCAACGAGCGGGUUUUGGAGCGAUAUUGUCGCUCUUCAAGGCAAGAAGGAUACCUGGUAUGUUGGCCAGGCUUUUGCCGCUGAUCUGACAGCAUAUGUCUGGGCACAGGCUCAGGAGAUUGUUGAUCAUAUCAUCGAGAAGCUCUGA